AUGAUGAUAAAUUAUUUGUAGGCUUUUUCAGUGAUACUAACAUUAAAUAUCAACUUUUCUUAAUCAUUUUAAUUUAUAGAAUAGACUAAUAAUAGUUCUUAUUAAUUAGCAAGUGAUUUAGACUGCCAAUUAUCAAAUAUUAGUAAAAUUCCCUUACUUUAUCUAAAACUAAUUACAUUGAUCACAUUUUUAGUUUCCUAAUUUAAUGUCAUCCUUAUGAUAUCUUAUAUUUAUUCUAUCAGAGCUAAAAAUAAAUUUGAUUUAAGCAUACUCUUCAAUACCCUACUUUAUGUGUAUGUUGUAAAUUAUGCUGGCUUAAUUAAUAUGUAUAUUAAAUAAUUAUUUUUAAGUCAUCUCCAGUUUUUUCGAUUCACUUGA